GUCCCGUGCCUCCUUCCUCUCUUGACUCGCUAUUACUAAGCCCCGGUGCUGUUGGGCCGUGACGUCACGUUAGUCAUAUGACAGGCGGCCGCUUGGGACUGUGCACCAGCCGUAGGGUUCCGGGGAGUCGGAGCGGCCGCGUUCAGCAGCACUAAAGCAGUCUUACAGUCCUCCUGCCUCGGCAGGACCAUGCUGGCCCUCAUCAACAAGCUGCUGGACUGGUUCAAGUCCCUGUUCUGGAAGGAGGAGAUGGAGCUGACGCUGGUCGGGUUGCAGUAUUCGGGGAAGACCACCUUCGUCAACGUCAUAGCGUCAGGUCAGUUCACAGAAGACAUGAUUCCUACUGUUGGCUUCAACAUGAGAAAGGUUACCAAAGGCAAUGUUACUAUCAAGGUUUGGGAUAUUGGAGGUCAGCCAAGAUUUCGCAGUAUGUGGGAGCGCUACUGUAGAGGUGUCAAUGCAGUUGUGUACAUGGUAGAUGCAACAGACUUGGACAAAGUGGAAGCAUCUAAAUAUGAAUUGCACAACUUGCUAGACAAACCACAGUUGCAUGCAUUUGUCAUAAGUCUAAUAAAAAUCAUAAACUAUUAA